UGUGUCUGCUGGGUGUGUCUGGAGUGUGUGUCUGGUGUGUGUGUAGUGGGGCGUGUAGGUUACUAGGUCCUAACCUUUCUUUCUGUUAUUUUUAUCGGCCCCCACAUCCUGCUCUCUCUCGCUCUAUCUCUCUGUCUCCACCAUUCAUUCACUCUCACCACCCUCCAUAACCACUAACCCCUCCAAACACUAACUGCAGUACACACACACACACACACAACAAAUGUAAACACAUUCAAACCUUUACACACACACGGAUACAAGUCCAUAUCUGCUUCUUCAGUCAAAAACAAACUUCCAGUCAAAUUGUGUUUUGUGGAUAAGGAGGAAGGAGAGAAGAUGACUACUCUCAGAGCAACAGUAGUAGUUUUACUGGGUUUCUACACCUUCUGCCAGGAGACAAGAGCCUCAGUCCAAGGAGCCUCAGUCCCAGGAGCCUCAGUCCUAGGCAGACCGUUGCUGUACGGCCCCUCAACAGCCCUAGAGAAGACUGUAGAAGAAUUCCAGUGUGAAGUUCUGCGUUACCCUAAAGAAGAGUCCAUCCUCUACCAGCUAUUCAGGGAAGGUGACCGUUCCAAGGCCUUAGGCUUCUACAGUGCUCUGUCUGGUGAGAUGGCCAAUUUCCCUCUGUACAUCACUGCUUCCUACGAGGGCUACAUGGUGUGUGUAGCCAGCGUCCAGAACAACACAGUAAUACAACCCACCGUCAGUCAAAGACACCACCUCAGAGUAGUCGACCCAGUCAACGGUGCACAGGUUGUAGUCCAAUCAGGGUCUGUGGAGUUCUACGAAGGGAAGCCACUGUCCCUGCGUUGUAACAUCGCCAAAGGGAACCACGUCUCCUACCAGUGGCUGGUGGAUGGGAAUCCCCUCCCCCUGUCUCCUUUACACAAUCAGACACAGGAACAACUCUUCAUCUACAGGAUGGUGCCCCAGGACAGCGGGGAGUACACCUGUGUUGCUACCAACCAACUCAACAUCACCAAGGUCUACUCCUCCAGGAGCACUGCCAAGGUCAUCAAGGUCAAAGAGCUGGUGUCUGAACCAGACCUCCUCUUCCUGGUCCUGAAGGGAAGAGGCGGGACCUACUUUGCCCUCGUCACGUGUCAAUCACUCAAUGGGACUCCGCCCAUCACCUUCUCCCUCUACACCAGGUCAGAGUUCAUUAGCACGGAGACGGUUGACGAGCGAUUCGCCACGUUCUCUAUUCCAGUGGUUCUAGAUCUCCACAUGGGCUUUCUACAGUGUCAGGCGCAGAACGGAGACAGGGUGGUGUACGGUCAGUGGACGGCCAUGCACGUUGUUCCAGUAGGUGGAGCUGUGACGAUGCACUACGACACCGACGUGGGAGAAAACUUCUCCAUUGUGGGCCUGAGGUUCUACUGUUCCGUGGAGAGGGGAACCUUUCCCCAGUACCUCUGGUUCCUCAAUGGAACUGUUCUAGAAGGCCGUGGAGAGUUCUACUGGGUGGAGAACCAGCCGGAGCAAUCCAUUUUGUUGUUAUCUGUGGGGAGGAGCAGUGCCGGAACGUACCAUUGUGAGGUGUCCGACAGCUUUGAUGACACUACGGUGAUCAGCAGUGAGGCGAGGUACAUCGAUAAAGAAGUGUUGAACCACCUCCCUACCACGGUGGUGGCUGUUGUGUUCGGCUGUUUCCUCUUCCUGGUUACCUUGGUGACCAUCUGUUGUUUCAUUGGUCUGCUGUACCAGAAAAGACAGUGUCUUGUUGAAAAGUCUAUGCUGGAUCUCAAGUUGGGUCUGGAGAUGCACAACAUAAUGGUAUCUGAUGAUGAUGAAGAGUUCCUGGGUCGCCAGUGCAUUAUGGUGGCCGAGAAUGAUAAAAAAGAUGAAGAGGAAUACAUGGAGGAUGACGGAGUGGUGAGAGCAGCCAGAAUCGUUGACUCAGAUCAGGAGGAAGUAGAAUCGACAGAUGAGUGGCUGCAGCUACACCAGGAACUGAAGAACACCUUGGAGGAUGAAAUUCCACAAAAUAACUUUUGAAUUCUACAACCAUCUAAAAAGAAGCGAUUCCUACACAUUCCAUCACAAAGCCCUCCCCUACAGAGAGAUGAACCCAGAGCAGAGGCCCCUCAGCCAGCUGGUUCUGGGGCUCUGUUCACAAACACAAACAGACCCCACAGAGUCCCAGAACAGCAACACAAUUAGACCCAACCAAGUUAUGAGGAAGCAAAAAGAUAAGUAUUUGAAAUACUGGAAAUAAUCACCCCAAAAAA